CGUGCGUGUGUACGAUGUUGUGUCUCUCUUGAUGAGAGGAAAUUGCGGAUUUUUCGUCGGCGCGUUUCGAGAUUUCGCGAAGUCGCGUGAAAUUUCGUGAGAAAAUUAAUCCCCCGAGCGGGGGAGGAACAAAUCCGUCAUCGUCGUCGUCGUCGACGUCGACGAUGAUACGGGAUCGUCGACCGUGGGAAAAGUCGAAAAUGUUCCCACGCUCCCGCUACGCUGCAAGUGUAUGUCGCGCGUGCGUGUGAAAUUCCACAGGGAGGGAACGUUGGCGAGCGGGCGGCGGCAUCGGAGGGGGAUGAAAAGAGGAUGAGCGCCCAGGGGCAGGAGCACGGACACGCGGUGGUCGUGUGGGAGUGGGAGAACCGUCACGGACGAUGGAGGCCCUACAGUCCGGCUGUGUCGCAGCAUCUCGAGCGGGCCCAUUACAAGAAGCUUACGCGGGUGCUCCUCAAUGAUGCAGAUCCAACCCUUGACAGAUAUUACAUAAACUUGAGGACUAAGACACAAUGCAGCGACGAUGGCGACGAGACGUACAAUGUAAGGAGAAGGUUUUAUUUACCAGGCUCACUGGCUGGAAAAGGCGCCAAAUGGGAAUGGGCAGGUGAUUCAGAUGAUUGGCAUACUUAUGAUAUGGAAGUUCAAUGCCUCAUAGAAGAAGCAUGGGCGAGAGGUGACAAGACCAUUGAUAUUUCCAAGACUUAUUUGGGUUUUCCUUACAUCAUCAACUUCUGCAAUUUGACGCAAGUGAGAUGCUGUACGGGCUAUGUAAGGCCAAUAAGGCGCAUACAGCAAGCGCCUUAUCCAUUGGUCAAAGUCGCACUGGAGGAACUGCAGGUCACUUCCGGGAAGAAAUCCGCGUCAGUUACAGUCAAGAGUUCUACUGUCAAAGUUGCGCAUAAAAAAUCGUCUAACGGAAGCACUAAGAAGAGUAACAAGAAAGGUAAAAGCGGGGAUACUAACGGGCCAACGAAUAUCGCGCGCGUUAUUCUCAGCAACUUCAAUAUAUUCAGCAGCAAACAUGGUAUCGAGAACAACCCCGCGGCAACAAACAUAGAAUCCGGUCAGAAACGAAAGACGUGGGAUGCGGUGCUGGACGUUGACUCUAGUAGCACUAAGAGUGGUCGCCGGCCUAGCGUAGAUACCGUCUCUACGUAUUUAAGUCAUGAAAAUCCAAUAGAUUUGCUAGAUAGCAGUGUGGGAAGCGAUGAUGCUUUCAAAGAUUCUAUUCUUGGGAUGGACGCUACAUCGGACGUGAUAUCUCGGUAUGUGAAAGUGGUUGAAAGCGAUGGAUCUGAUUCCUGUCCAGUAUGUCUGGGCACUCCGGAACCGUUAACGGUCGAACUAACACGAUGCAGACACAGAUUACAUUUGGCAUGUCUAAAUGCGAUGCUUGGUUGCCAACAACCACCCAUGUACGUACAAUGUCCGGUUUGCCGUAUGAUUUACGGCGAGAAGAGAGGCAAUCAACCACCGGGAACGAUGAAUUGGACGCGAAUACCGCGGGCGCUACCAGGUUUUCCGAACACUAAUACCAUACAAAUCACUUAUGACAUUCCAUCUGGGAUUCAGAGUAACGAACACCCAAAUCCUGGCCAGGCGUACUAUGCCGUGGGCUUUCCCCGAGUGUGCUAUUUGCCGGACAACAAUCUUGGCCGUCGAGUAUUAAGGUUGUUGCAAAUCGCAUUCGAGCGCAGGUUGAUCUUCACAAUCGGCCGAUCGGUCACCACUGGUCGCGAAGAUGUCGUUACAUGGAACGAGAUCCAUCACAAAACCGAGUUAGGCCCGUCUACAUCCGGCCAUGGUUAUCCUGAUCAGAGUUACCUUGAAAGGACGCUUGCAGAACUGGCAGCGCAAGGUGUGACUGAUGGACAAUCAUCGCCGAUAUAUCAACAGCUACAUUAAUUGGAUAUAUAUUGGAUAAAUUAGGAUAUAAAUUGGAUAAUUAGAUGGCAUUCAUGUGUAUGUGAGAAUAAGUUAAUCUAUACAGGUAAUAACUUCAAGAAGAGAAAUUUUAAAUUUUAAAUUAAUUGUAAAAUAUAUAUAAAAUUGAGUAAAUUGAACUUAAUACAUUAUGAAUAUAGAUUUUGAAAUUUAUUAAUAAAUUAAAUUCAAUUUAACUUUUAUCAAUUUUAUAGAGCUAAAAAAAAAUUGUUUGAAAUAGGUUUAGAUCCUUAGAACCUUUUUUUUUUACUAUUAACUUAUUUGUUUAAUUCUAUAGAUUGACUUAUUUUUGCAUAUUAUAGGAAAGAAUGUGCGCAAUAAAGAUUAAGAUUCUAUUUAACAUAAACUUAUG